GAUUUCAAUAAAAUAAUAGAUGACAGGCAAAACUUUGAAAAGAGAGUCCACUCUGCACAGAGUACCGGAAAGCGGAAACUAGGAAGUAGUUGAAAAUUAGAUUUUAGAUUUAGGUUGUAAACUUGUAAGUGCGAAACUAAGAGGAACAUUGUUAAUAUAAUAUAUCUAGUUAACUUAUAUUCAAUAGUGCCCAUUACCGUUAAAGAGUAAACACAUUUAUUUAAUAUUAUUUACGGGUGUUUUCUAACACCUUUUAAGAAAUAUGGAGAACGAUAGUCAUAAAAUUAGAGAAGAAUUACAGAAAUGUAGUUAUAGGGAUUUACAACUACUAGCGAAACGUUAUGGCUUACCUUCUAAUUACAAAAAAUCGUAUCUCAUACUAAUGAUAAUUGCAAGAAAAAUGGGCUUAGAGGAUUCAGUAACAGCUAUCAUUGAGAAAGUAAGAAAGGAACGUCAAAUAAUGAAAAUCUCCAAAACUACAAUUCCAAUCUCAAAAAAUAGAACGCGGAAAUCUCAGAUGAAAACUACAACUUCAAGUACAUUUUCUCCACCAAUAACUGCAACCCCAAAACUACUGGUUAGGAAUAUGACAGAUAAUCAUAUUUCAAAAUAUAAUACUCGUCAGAGCCUUCUUGCAAAAUUAAGGAAUUCUGAUACCGCAAAAAACUUGGAUGCCCAUAAGACUUUGAAACAAUAUGAAAAUCUGAGUGUGAGAAAUUUCAAAAGGAAAGCAAAUCACUUGGUUGGUGAUCAAAUACAUAAAGUUAAGCUAACAUCACAAUGUAUCAUGAAACGUCAAAUGAAUUCAGAUAUAAUUCUGAGGAAGGAUAAUGUGAAAGUUAUGUAUAAUACCAAUGCUACUCAAACUAUUUCACCUCUACCGGCGAAACGACAGAGAACCCUGAGUGGUAUAUAUCCAAUUAUGCCCAACCCUAUAGUAAAGCUUCAAAAAGGUGAUUUGACCCUUCGCAGAAAUGAUGGAACGGUCUUAAAAGUUAGCGCCUUUAUCCAGGAGAAACCGCCACCAACCCGUGAAAUAAUAAGGGAUGUUUUACAAGAUUUAGAGAGAAAUAACUCUGAAAAUAAUAGUAAUUUAAUACAUAGAAAUAUGUCUAUUGAUUCCGCAUUUUGUGAGCCAAACUCAUUAUCCGAAACAAACGAUGGAAUAGAAAUUCUUUAUUAUGAAAAACGUGUUGAACAAACGAAAUUUGAAUCGUUUGAGAACUGUUUGCCGAAAAUUGCGGACGUAUUCAGCAAAUUCCAUAAUCGAGAUUAUGGGCAACAAUUAUUUGUCCAAGUUAGCGCCGAGUCAGACGACUGUUCAUAUUCCACAUACAUGCCUCAAACCAUUGUUCAGACAAUACAAUUGGAGACAAUAUAUAACUUCAAGUCGCUGUAUAUAAAUGCUCCACUCUUACAAAUAAGUCCGAAGAGUGAAACCACAUGCACAAACAGUACAGUGACUAUUAUGUCUACGAAGGUGUACCCAACAUCCACAGCUAUAUCGCACAAUGCUUAUCCUAGGUACGAUGUAAAUUACCCAAAUGGAAGGGAUGUCGAUUUGUUACAUUGCAAGGAACCAAUGCAGCAGCCGGAUAAUUCAGAUUAUUUAAAUAAUAAUAUCGCAGAAUUCAGGCAAACCACUUCGUUGAAUGGUGGAAAUGUUACCAUACCAGAAAUGGUUGAAGAUGCUUUAGAAGUUAUAAGUCAGGAUGAGGAAUACAUGAAGUGUGUAGAGAUAGAUACAAAAAUAAACUGUGUAUUGUGCAAUUGGUGCGGACCGGGUAUUGUCUUGGACUAUCAUAUACAAAAGACUCACGAAAAUGAAAUUAUGAAGCAAGUAACGAAUGAUUGGAACAUCACAUUCACAUUAGAAGCGUUGGUACAGAAACCUCAUUGGUGCUGCCGUGUUUUGGAAUAUGAAUCCAUUUUCUAUGUUCUGAGUGCGAAAUACGAAGAGCCUGACGUGUUCAUGGCUACUCUGACGUCACAUUCCACGGAUUUUACAUUCAAAACCGGUUCUAUUACGGUUUUCAAUAAAACUACAGGUGAGCCAUUUACGUGGGAAGGAGAGAUUAAAUGCUUAAAGCCGGAUUGGCCGUAUUCAAAAAAUAUAAACGGACUGAAAAUAAAUCUAUCAAAACUAGACUUAAUACCUCAAAUAUACCCCAUUGCUGGUCAACCUGGGUUAAAUGAUGUACAUAUUAUAUUGUUCGCUAGGUUAUAUAACUAAAUGGAUACUUUAAUGCAUUUAAUUUUCGCCAAUAACUGCAUUUAGUAUCAAAAAAUAUUUAAUAUCCAUUUAAGCUUUUAAAUUAUAAUAGCGGUAUAAAUUUACUAAAAAUACAAGUACAAAAUUCUUAUAACGCAGUAUUAGAAAGAAAACUUAAAGGAAAUCUGUUGCAUUAUUUUUAUUAAAUAAAAAACCCUCGAAAGUCAAUAGUAAGAUAAAAAAGCUCUUGAAACAAUGAUUUACAUUACUUUGUCUUACAUUUUUAAAAUACCUCCAUCGUCACCACAUAAGUCCCAAUAACCAAAUGCUAUCUAUAUACAGAGUAUAUAAAUUAAUUUCAAUUCUCGUAAAUAUCUGCCUUCAUGAAAAUAAAUCCCAGUUUAGUUGCACCGUUUUAAAGUACUAGUUGUCUCUUUUCAUUAGAGUGUAAAAGCAAUUUACAGAAAGAGAGGAAAGAGUACUUAAUAUACUUUGUAUCAGCUUAUCAUGAAUGACACUCAGAAUUUUUUUUACUUAAAACUACUAAAAAAACUCGUUAAAAGCUGAAAUUACAGAUUUGCUGUGCCUAAUUAUGACAAGUGUUUAUUCGGCUCUCCUAUCCGGGUAUAGUUUACGCUCACAAGUUUUAGCGUCAAUAUUAAUUUAACAAUCUGUGUGAACAAAAAUAUCUGAUAGAAGCGGAAGACUGUAAUUUUAAAAACAACCGUAUUUUUUUAAAUUUUAGUUGUUUCUUCUUAAAGAUCUCAUAUUUAAACUUAAAUGUUCCUAUUAAUAUUAAGAAUCCUAUAUGUCAUAGACAAAAUAUUCUUUAUCUGUGUUAUUACAAGUAUCAGUACGAAUUAAGGUCUGUGGUAAUAGAGUAUAAAUUUAACUUAAGGGAAGAAACAAAAGGGUAUUUGAAAAUGAAAGGUUCUAGUAUUUCUUAAUAUAUAGAUAAUAGAAAAGUAAUUAGAACGUUCAUACUCGGUAAUAUAUCGAAAAUGAAUGUAUGAGUAUGAAAUUUUUUUAACAAUUUUGUAUAAAAAAACUCGCGACAAUUUGAUAAUACACGUAUGAGUUCUUAGAUCUCACAUAUUAAUAUAGGAACUUCAGUGCGUUAUCUGUCAAAGUUGGAACUCUUUAAUAGACUUUAAUCAUGUUGAUUUUUUUACGAUGAGCGUUUACCUUGAGUGUUAAACUUUUCUAACUUCAGAGUAGCCUAGACUAGUACUAGAGUAGGGAAUUAAUUGUAUCCUAGAUACAAGCCCUGAAUAUCAAAAAUUCAUCGAUCGUUUUCUAAAGAAAACAAUUUUACACAUCUGCUUUCUUAGGUUGUUUCUGUAUUUUUUGACUAAAUUAGUAAACAGAUAAUGUAUAUUUUCAACUCGGUAAACGCCAAUCGAUAUUUGUUGAUUUUUUAUAUAAUUUAAUCUAUCGUAGCAAUUCUGUUGUUUCUGUUAUUUAAAAUUUAUUGUAAUUAGCGUGUUUGAUCAGCGAAGAGUUGUUAUAGUCGGGAGGUAUUAACAUCCUUGAACCAUCAAAUAAACGAUUCGGUUUGGAUUAAUUUAAAAUCACAUAAUUUGUAAAAUUAUAACUUGUUUGACGUUAGCCAAUACGGUGUUAAAAUGGAAAAUAUUCCAUUUUACUUUUUGCCUCUACUAUAAAAUCAACAGAAUUGGCUCGAAAUUAUAUUUUUUUUAUUAAAUACUGUUUUUAUGCUUGUUUGAUAGAAACUAAAAUUACUUUGACAUUGUUUGUGCGCUUGCGUUUACAGAUGUUAAUUAUAAUCAGCGCCAUCAGUUUUUUGAUUCUAUUAUAGUAAUCUUAAUCUGAUGAAAUGAAACCAUAUUAACAUCCCAGAAAUCCUUUACUAUGAUUUCGCUUAAAAAUGUUUAAAGUGUUCAAUUUUAAAGAUUUUAUUUCAGAAUUUCAAUCCAUGAAAACAGUAUUUUUGUAUAUUUUUUAUAAAACUAUUUAGUUUAGUAAGAUCAUUGUAGUGAUCAUUUUUUGUUAUUGGUAUAUUGUGUUAUGAACACAUCUGACCAUUAGUGAUCCUCAACAGCUUUCAAGUUUUAGUUUUUGGUUUACCAUCGGGUCUGAUAUGUGUAUGACACUUUAUACUCUGUACUUGACGUACUUCUAAUCAAGAAACGUUUUUAUAAGUUUUUUUAAGUUGAUUAAUAAAUCCAAAAUUCCGUA